CUCAUUAGCCCCAAGCACCUCAGCAUCCUCAAAGAGAAACCUGCGAGGCUGGGAUGGGGUCAGCACCCAGAAGCCAGCCCCCUCUGACAGCUUCCUCUUUGGCCAAGCCCUGCCUCUGUGCAGCCCCGAGUGGGCAGCCAGAGGCUGCAGCUGGAGUCCGGAGCCCAAGAUGGAGCCCCAGCUGGGGCCUGAGGCUGCCGCCCUCCGCCCCGGCUGGCUGGCCCUGCUGCUGUGGGUCUCAGCCCUGAGCUGUUCCUUCUCCUUGCCAGCUUCUUCCCCUUCUUCUCUGGUGUCCCAAGUCAGAACCAGCUACAAUUUUGGAAGGACUUUCCUCGGUCUUGAUAAAUGCAAUGCCUGCAUCGGGACAUCUAUUUGCAAGAAGUUCUUUAAAGAAGAAAUAAGGUCUGACAACUGGCUGGCUUCCCACCUCGGACUGCCUCCCGACUUCUUGCUUUCUUAUCCUGCAAAUUACUCAGAUGAUUCCAAAAUCUGGCGCCCUGUCGAGAUCUUUAGACUGGUCAGCAAAUAUCAAAACGAGAUCUCAGACAGGAGAAUCUGUGCCUCUGCAUCAGCCCCAAGGACCUGCAGCAUUGAGCGUGUCCUGCGGAAAACGGAGAGGUUCCAGAAAUGGCUGCAGGCCAAGCGCCUCACGCCAGACCUGGUGCAGGGCCUGGCCAGUCCACUCCUGCGCUGCCCUUCGCAGAGACUCCUGGAUCGCGUGGUCAGGCGCUAUGCAGAGGUGGCCGACGCUGGCAGCAUCUUCAUGGACCAUUUCACCGACCGCGACAAGCUGCGCCUGCUCUACACGCUGGCUGUCAACUCACACCCCAUCCUCCUACAGAUCUUCCCUGGGGCUGAGGGAUGGCCACUGCCCCAGUACCUGGGCUCCUGUGGCAGAUUCCUCGUCAGCACCAGCACCAGACCGCUGCAGGAAUUCUAUGGUGCACCCCCACAUCAGGCAGCCGACCUUGCCUACCAGCUCCUGGGUGUCCUGGAGUCUCUGAGGAGCAACGAUUUGAACUAUUUCUUCUACUUCACCCAUAUUGAUGCAGGCAUGUUCGGCGUCUUUAACAACGGGCAUCUGUUCAUCCGGGAUGCCAGUGCAGUGGGUGUCAUCGACAAGCAGGAAGGCAGCCAAGAAGCCACCAGAGCAGGAGAGAAUAAAGACAUUUUUAGCUGCUUGGUUUCCGGCUGCCAGGCCCAGCUGCCCUCCUGUGAACGUGUCUCUGAGAAGCAGAGCCUGGUGCUGGUGUGUCAGAAGUUGCUGCCUCGACUUCUCCAGGGGAGGUUCCCCUCACCAGUGCAAGACGACAUAGACUCCGCUCUUGCUCAGUGUGGGGACAGCACCCGCCCAGACCCAGAAGUCCUUGGAGCCGCCAGCUGGCUGAAAGACAUCUUGAGGCCCCUGAGAACCUGUGACUCUAGAUUUGCCUAUCGUUACCCAGAUUGCAAAUAUAACGAUAAAUUCUGAAGGGCUGGUGUCUAGCUGGCCUUGGGGACAACACGCUUGGCUCUGCAUUCCCGCAGUCGGGUUGCUGCAAGGUUGAAAGAAGCAGCACUUUUUUAAAGAUGAGAAGAAAGACACAUUCGUUUCUCAGGGACUGAGAGGGGAGUUGUGAGAUACCACGUGGCUGUCUCUGCUGGCUGGGACAUCCUGGCAAAGCCCGGGGUGGGCAUCAGAAGAACUGGGGAUGGACGCUCACUCAAUGUCUUUGAGCCUCAGUUUCCUCUAUUCUCCACCAGACUCUCCGGAGUGUGAAAGAAGACAGAGAUGGAACCACCAUGGAGCGUAUAUCCCAAGCAUGGGUCUUGGGACACAUGCUCACCACCUCCAUCCCAGGUGGUUACAAAGUGUGUUCUGGAAAAGCACAGAGGCGGGGAGCAUGAGAAAGAGCCGUGCAGGUCAGGAGGCUGGAGUGGAGGGAAGGCAGGGGAAAGACAGGCUCCCUGCCGCUACCACUUUAGACUCAGACAAGAGGGGCCCCCUUCCUGCUCCCUAUGGCCCUGCCUCACUCCCCACACGAUCACAGGAUGAGGAGACUGCAGUCCAAGGGGACAUGCCUGCCACCGCCUAGAGCCUGGUACCUGAGGCUCCAUACACCUGUGAAUGGAGCUUCUCAUGGUGUGGGAAGAAGCCAGGCGUAAGAAGAUAAGGGGAGCCAGUGGGGGACCAAUGUGUUAGCCCAAGUCCUCCAAGAAUAGGUGUCAAGAUAGAGUGAACGGGACAAAGAUUUGUGAGGGGCAAUGCUUGUGUGAAAGGAAAGGAGGAGGGAGCCGGAGAAGACUGGGAGGACCAUUAAGUUGAGCCCCAGUGAAGGAGGGCCCGGCAGGAGUUUGCUAAGCUCAAAAUCGAAGAAAGGUUCAGUAAGACUGUCAGGGUGUCCUCAAGGCAAAGGCAACCAUCAGAGGAGCCCUGUGUCUCCCACAAAUAGACCCCGUUAGCAUCCCUGCUGCACUCAGUGGUUGGCGGAAACAGCAAAGAUAGAUUUCAGAGCACAGCAGCAGGGGCCCCUAGUCAGCCCCGCUCCCUAGAGCAGGAGAUCUGGAGUGGGAGAACAUUCUUUUUGUAGCCACAGCUGAGGUCCUGGACCAGCUCUCUCCACACCACAUGCUCCAAGUUGGGACUCUAAGGAGUCUAGAAAUUUUCCUUUAAACUUGGCCUUACAGGUCACUCAUCAGAAAAAUAUUUUUUUCAAGGUCAAUCAAUAGAACAUACUUGAUUCAACAGUUUUUUUGUUUGCUUUUGAAAUAUUUAGCCACAUGGUAUAUAGGCUUCCAUGUACUCUCUUGCCCUGGCCCCUGAAACAUAAGCAGGGGGCUCUUCUCUACCUUUUCCCAGCCUCCCUGCCAGCCUUUAACCCCAGGAACCUCUCAGUCUACCUCCCCUUUUACCUCAGAUUCAGGUAUCUGAAUCCCCUCCUUUAAGGUCAAAACAGGCUGGGCAUGGUGGCUCACACCUGUAAUCCCAGCACUUUGGGAGGCUGAGGCAGGUGGAUCACUUGAGGUCAGGAGUUCAAGACCAGCCUGGCCAACAUGGUGAAACUCCAUCUCUACUAAAAAAUACAAAAAUUAGCCAGGUGUGGUGGUGUGUGCCUGUAAUUUCAGCUACUCGGGAGGCUGAGGCAGGAUAAUCGCUUGAACCCAGGAGGCAGAGGUUGCUGUCAGCCAAGAUCACACCACUGUACUCCAGCCUGGAUGACAGAGCGAGACUCUGUCUCAAAAUAAAUAAACAAAAAUAAAGUCAGAAGACCUGGCUUAACAGACUUCACUGUGCAGAUAAGGAAACUGAGGCCCAGGGAGGAAGAGUGAUCUGCGGAGAUAUUUCCAGAACCCCUGCAAGCUGAGCCCCAGUGAAGGAGAGAAGGUCCGGCAGGAGCUUGCUAAGCUCAAAAUCAAAGAAAGGUUCAGCAAGGCUCUCAGGGUGUCCUCAAGGCAAAGGCAGCCAUCAGAGGAGCCCUGUUGCUAUUAGGAGGCUCCUGUUGCCCUCCCCUUCCGCCUCCGACUUUCACCUGUGCUACCCAAUUCUGGUCCCUUCACUCCCAUUCAAAAAUGGACUCCAGAAAAGCCUUAUUUUGUGGAGUACCUGGUUCCCUUUUGAGUUUGUCUCUUGACUGCUACAGGCACUGCCCCAGGGCAACCAUGACAGUGAAGAUGACUGGCCAAGCUUGUGGACUGGCCAGCAAGCUUAGGCUGCCUGAGAUGCUUUGAAAUGGCUGCCUUCUGGCUUGGUCUGAAGGAUGAAGACUGACCACCCUUCUCACCUGCACAGCCGCAGUCCCUCUCCUGCUGGCCUGACUGCAGCUGUCCUCCCAGCUGGCCACCUGACCAGAGACCAGGAGAGAGGCCACAGCCUCCAGAUCCUCCAGAGUCCCAUGGAGGAAGAAGACUUACCAGAGAGACCCUCUGAUGCACGAGCCAGGCCCCAGCCCUUCUCCCUGCAUCCGGGUGUGUUUCCACCGCAAAAUGCCUCCACACGAUGCGUGACUUUGGCCCUGUGUGGGCCAGUGCGUGGUCUGAGGUAACCCUCGAAUCCCUCCACCACACAUCUGUCCACCCGCACGGAUUCAAGGUGAGCACUUGUCCCCUUCUCUCCUCCAGACCAGUCGCCUGAAACUCUGAGCAACAUUCCUUCAAAACCAUCAUGUAACCCUUGGUGAUGCUGAGUCCAGACAGGAAAUGCAGACUUGGGACCCACCUGUAUCAGCAGAAAGAGACCUUGUGCCCCACUUGUCUGAGUCCCAGGAUGGAGUAAAGGAGAAAACUGGCGAGCUGUCCCCUGAGGAGCUGUUGGGAGAUUGGUUUUUAGUAUAAACUACAAUAAAAUUCUGUGUAUGUGUACAGCUGUGUUCACAUCCACAGUGUAAGCUGUGAUACGGUUGGGAUGUUUGUCCCCUCCAAAUCUCAUGUUGAAAUGUGAUCCCCAGCGUUGGAGGUGGGGCCUGGUGGGAGGUGAUUGGGUGAUGAGAGAAGUUAUCUCAGGAAUGACUUGGUGACCUCCCGGAGGUGAUGAGUGAGUUCUCUCUCAGCUCACUCAAGAUCUGGUUGUUUAAAAGAGUAUAGCACCUCCCUCCCCCACCUCUCCCUCUCUCUCACUUCCACUCUCACCGUAUGACACGCCUGCUCCCCCUUCGCCUUCCACCAUGAUUGGAAGCUUCCUGAGGCCCUUACCAGAAGCAGAUGCCAGCCCCACACUUCCUGUACUGCCUGCAGAACCAUAAACCAAAAUAAAGCUCUUUUCUUUAUCAAUUA